AUGAUUAUUUUCUCAUGGAAUGCUAGAGGGGCUGCCAGCCCAAAUUUCACUAGAGUUUUGAAAGAGUAUGUGUCUCAAUACAAGCCGAACUUAGUUGCGAUCCAGGAGACGAGGUGCAGUGGUACAGUUGCACAAAAGGCUAUUAAAAAAACAGGUUUUAACUUCAAUUUGGUGAUUGAUGCUCAGGGGUUUUCAGGAGGAAUAUGGCUCAUGUGGAAUAAUCCCAAUCUUUCUAUUCAAGAGAUAAGUAGAAACGAACAAGCUUUGCACAUCUCGGUUUCAUACAAUCUGAGGAAAUGGUUCCUUACUAUCGUCUAUGCUAAUCCAAAUGAAGAAAGGAAAAGGGAGUUGAGAAAUUAUAUUGCUAAUCUGGUCCCUACGAUGAAUUGUCCUUGGAUGCUCUGCAGGGACUUCAAUGAUAUCAGUAACAUAAGUGAAAAAAAAGGAGGAGCACCUCCCAACUUAGCUCGGAUAAGGUGUUUUAGGGACUGCAUGGACUCGUGUGGGUUCAUGGAUUUGGGUUUCCAAGGUACACGCUUUACCUGGAGAGGUCCGAUUUGGCAGGGCAGAGAAAGAGUCUUCAAGCGUUUGGAUAAGGCCAUAUCCAAUCCUGAUUGGAGGAUAUGUUUUCAAGAGGCCUGUAAGAGGAUAUUACUCAGCAAGUUGAAGGGGAUUCAGAAUUCUCCUAAAUAUGGGAGAAGCGAGUUCCUAGACAAUCUGGAGGAAGAUCUUAACAAAGAACUAGAGGAAACCAAUUCCAAUAGAGAUUGUAAUCUUCACACGCAGACUAUCUAUCCAACGAUGAAACCAGGUUACAUGCUCAAAAUGAAAAGAGUUGUAGAGGCGGAUGAAAUAGAACAAGCCAUAUUUUCCAUGGGUCUCUCAAGGCCCCUGGUGAAGAUGGAUUACCAGCGGGAUUCUAUAAAGCUAAUUGGGAACUGGUAG